UUUUAACACUAAUAGGGAACAGUCGAUAACUGUCUCUCGUCGAUUUUGAUGAACUUUUUAUGUUGUAAAACAAUAAAAAUAUAUUAGACUCAUUUUUUCAUCUGCUUAUCUCGAGGUUUAGGGGUUGCAACACUCCCUCAAAAAAAAAGGAUUUUUUUGUUUUUAACGAAUAUCUUUGAAGUUACGAGGUAUAUGAAACAAUAUUUCAUACCAAAGUCUUAUAACUUUUUAUACUAUACAUAUAAUUGUUUUGUGUUCUACAUCUACAACAUAUCUCUUGUAAUACACGUUGAAUAACAAUUUAACACAAUAUAUUCAAAUCAUGCUCUUUAUGUUAAAUUAACUCGAACGUUAAAAUUUCACAAAAAUUUUAACAGGUUUUAAUAUAAAAUGUUUUCUGCUGUUUACGUUCGAUGGCGUAUAUUCGUAUAACGGUGUUAUUUCUGCCGUUUCUGUCGUGUGUAUGUACGUACACAUUACGUCGCCGGCGAUACAUCCAAUGGAAAUCGCUCGAUUCUGAAGCGUUAAUCGAAGUAAUGAGGAAUCCACUUCAAUUGUCCCUGUUGUAACAUUUGAUACGUAUUUCGUGUGAUGUGAUAGACAGCCAAAUUCCAAGCCAACUGCUGUCCGCGUAUCGGACAUUUGAUGUCAAAAUAAAUUAAGUAAAGGCUAAAGGGAAAGAUACACGAUAAUGCAGUUGCACGCAAAUUAAAUUUGACCGUAGUUUCGCCAAGCGGAAUUUGAGUUUGUUUUGAAAGUCACUCUCCUUUCGUCGUCGCUGAGUGCUUGGUACGGCCCUGCUCUCGAGGAUUUCGUGCGAUUUCUUAUCUCGCUGCUUUUUGUCUUGCUUUUUUAUUUUAUAUAUACGAAGCAGCUCCGAAGUGUCGAACGCAGCUUCUGAUAUUAUUUGCUUCGAUCAUGAAAAAGCUACGCUGCAACCGCAAGCCGGAACAUCUGCGACUAUCUGUUCGCGGAGGAGAGGGCUUUGUAUACUGCGUUCUCGUUAAUUCUAUGUAUCGAUUUUUCCUUAUUGAUAAUCAAGGUCAACACGACACGCGUUGCAUCACGUUCCGAUCGUAAAACGGGAGAGAAAACAAGAAAAUACGCUGUCAGAUUGGUACACGAAUGAAGAAAUUAAUUCACUAAUCACUAAUUAAUUCACAAAACUAAAGGGAAGGAAAACAUACCGUGAUCGAUAAAAAUGUACUUUAUCUUUCAACAGGAUUAUUACGAUGCUAUCCUGCCUCGAGCCAACUUUCCCGUGGAAGUUUCACACAGAAAAUUUUUUCUACAUAUUUUAUAAUAAAAGAAUUUAUAUGAGAAAAUCUCGCGUUAAUAUUAAUAUUUUCUCUCAUAUUAAUAUUUUCCUGUUCUUCCUUUUUAACGUACACAUCGACCCGUUGCUGGGCGAAGUUACGUGCAUGUAAACCGAGAAUGUAAAGUUAAAACUAUUAGAAGUCGCUGAAAAAAAUAUUUUUCGCGGUUUCGCUUACACUCUCGGUCGUCGUGUUUUCAGCAAAUGAGGAAGUGACGCGUUUAAGAUGUAAAUGAGAUUUGCUUAGGUGCAAAUUUACAGAUUUUAACAAACCGAGACAGCUGUCGUUAGAAUACAAUCGGGAAGCCAGAAGUUUAUCCACGAAGUUUAACAGAGUGACACAAACAUCGCUGAUCAAGUUGCUGCCAAAUUCGCGUAUUAUUCGACCGCAUCUCCUCGAUCUCCUCGAUCAGUUGGCUACCGAGUCGUAUUACAAAAUGUGAAACACAUAGCAAAAAAAAGGAGGUGAAGAAACGAACGUCAUUGAGAGAUGAGAUCUGGAACAGGAUGGAAUCUUGUCGCUCGGACUUGCUUUCUCAUUUCGCCAAUUGGCGCGUAAAUACUGCCGCAUUUGAAGAGAAUGAAAAAUCGCUCGAGGUGGAGCCUGCUUUACCACGUGAUCUCAAGCAUAUGCCGUAUCACUACGUUCGGAAAUCCGAAAAGGAAUUAUUAGCUCGUGCGUUAGAAUUUUAUCAUAUAACUGCAGCGAGACGAACUUUAAGAUUUUUCAGCGCGGAUCCGGUUCCGAAGGAAGUUAUUCGUGAGAUUAUAAGGGCCGCAGGUACUGCUCCCAGUGGCGCGCAUACGGAGCCAUGGACCUUCGUUGCGAUAUCCAAUCCGACUACAAAAUCGCAAAUCAGAGAUAUUGUGGAGCAAGAGGAGGAAAUCAAUUACAAGAAGAGGAUGGGCAUAAAGUGGACCACUGACUUGUCCCCGUUAAAGACCAAUUGGAUCAAGGAAUAUCUCACAACGGCGCCGUACCUGAUCCUUGUGUUCAAACAGACUUACGGCAUUAUGCCAAAUGGACAGAAAAAGAUUCAUUACUAUCAUGAAAUAAGCGUUUCUAUCGCGUGUGGAAUUCUCCUUACUGCUAUACAGUAUGCCGGAUUGGUGUCCCUUACAUCUACGCCAUUGAAUUGCGGACCGGCUAUACGCAAUCUCCUUGGACGUCCAUCCAACGAGAAACUCACGUUACUCCUGCCGGUCGGUUACCCAGCCGAAGACGCCACUGUACCCGAUUUACGGCGAAAAGAUCUGUCGGAAAUCUUGGUCGAGAUCGAUUAACGGAAGUAUAAAACGCAAUUAACAUACGCCUUACUGUGUAUCAUUCGAUGCGCCGGAAAAGAAAUCGAAAGAAUAUCUCAUGUUUCUUUGUGAAAAAAUCGAGAAUGGGAGUAUCUGGAAAUAAAUAAAAGUGCAACAAG